CUUGCCAGGAGUUCUACUACUGCAGCUGUAAUCUCGCGUUAGCUAGGACUGCCGUUACGUCAUUGGACUGCCGCUGAGCAGUGUUUACUGUGAUCUCGCGUGAACUGGAAUUGCCAUUACGUCACCGGUCGUCUCAUUCUUCUGCCGUAAGGCGAGCCCGCUGCCUGCCUGCCUGGUGAAGUGGUGGAAGACCGGAGUUGCGUGUUCCGCAAUGCCGCCCAAGAAAGCGCCGGCGCCGCAGGGCCCCAGUAAGAAGACCGAUCAGAAGAAAAAGGAGAAGAUCAUCGAGGUUAGAGCCCGGAUAUUCCCAGAGUGGGGCCUGGCUCAGACAGGCGGCCAUGUGACACCCCUGUGUUACGGCCUGUAACCCGCUGGAUACAUGUCUGGCUCCGCCAUGUGUCCACACCGACCGCUGACAGUGUCUGGAACACACCGUCAGCUUUAGGAAGACUUUAUUGUGGAGACAGGUUAACAUCAGGGCUAACGGCUCUACCAGGCUGCUGUAGAAAAGUAUCAAGGGCUUUUACUAUUCCCUGUUCAGCUUAAAGCAGGGGUCCUCAAACUCCGGCCCCCCAGAUGUUGCUGAACUACAACUCCCAUGAUUCUUUGAAUUACAUAGAUAGACAGAGAAUCAUGGGAGUUGUAGUUCAGCAACAUCUGGGGGGCCGGAGUUUGAGGACCCAUGGCUUAAAGGGACACUAUAGUCACCCAGACCACCUCAGCUCAAUGAAGUGGUCUGGGUGCCAGGUCCCCCAGGUUUUAACCCUUCAGAUGCAAAAAUAGCAGUUUCAGAGAAACUGCUAUGUUUACAUUGCAGGGUUAAAACAACCUCUAGUGUGACAAUUAAAGUGGUUUAGUUAAAUGCUUUCCUGUGGACUGUUAGAAUGCGUGCACGGCUCUUGCUGCGCAUUCCGCUCCACUCGGGAGCUGACGUCAGCCGGGGAGGAGAGGUCACCAGUGCCGAGGGAUCCCGGCACUGGAUUAAGGUAAGCUGCUGAAGGUGUUUUAACCCCUUCAGCCCAGCAGAAGGGGGAGCCUGAGGGUUAGGGUCCCCCAAGGAUGACAUAGUGUCAGGAAAAUUGGUUUGUUUUCCUGACACUAUAGUGGUCCUUUAAACAUGGCUGUAAAACAAAGGUUGGGAACCUUCGGCACUCCAGCUGUUGUGGACUACAUCUCUCUUAAUGCUCUUAUAGCCAUAAUGCUGGGAAAACCUCUGGGGAGCUGUAGUCUACAAAAUCUGGAGUGCCAAAGGCUGCUUACCCCUGCUCUAGACAUUAAAUUCAUCUUGAAAGAACUCUAUAGUGUCAGGAAUACAAACGUGUAUUCCUGGCACUAGAGAUUGAAAACCUCCAUUUAGGUUCCUGGCUAAAAAGGUGUAAAACGUACUUUUUUCCAAUGCUGCUCAUCCGCCUCCGUGGCUGAGAUCAUCGAAAUUGACGAUCUAGGCCAAUCCAGUGCUUUUCUAGGCUAUUGUGCAUGCGCGGCAAAUCAGUAUCAUUAAAGGAGUUCUCUGAAAAAACAGUGUUUACAUUAAAAUGCCUGCAGUUACAGGCUAUACACACCAGUACAAACACAUUAAGUUGUAGUUGUUCUGGUUAUUAUAGUGUCCCUUUAAUUAUGAAAACCUUUAAGUUUAGAGAGCGAAUGACACAAUUUACGUAUGUCUCUAGUUGCUGUAUGUAAUACAGGCCCUAGGGACAUCUAUAUAAUCCAUAAUUUAUUAUCUUGACAUUUGGCAUCACCAUGCAAACCGUGUUAAUGUUGGAUGUUCAUAGAGGAGCAUUGGAUUGGCAGAGUGUGGCAAUUGCCAUAAAUGCUCCUUAUGUCAGUAUUUUUUUUUUAUGAAAUGCGUUGUUGGGUAAAAGUCAUCAGUCUUGAUGACUGCAGUGAGGAGUCUGCAUUGCUGCUGGAUUACAGGUACGUUUGAAAACUAUUUUUAACUCUUUCUUUUCUUUACCAUUAAUCUAAAAUUACCAAGGAAUGAAAUAGUGAAAAAUUAUUAUUUUUUUAAAAUUCUUUAUUUUUCAUUCGAUAGGUACAGCUCAAACUUUCGGGCUUGCGCGGAAGCCAAUAUUUGAGAAAAACUUCUUGGAAAAACAAUAUGUAAUAUGAGUUUACAAUACAAGCUUCUUUUUAAUCCCAAUGUGCCUUGCCUCCUACCGAGGCUUUUUUUUUUUUUUUUUAAGAAAACUUUAGUUAUUAUUGACAGAGGUUACUAGUUUAUGACAAAGUAUCAAACACAUUUUUCGCAUUGAAAAGCAUGAACAGUAACAUGUGCUCUCCCUUUUGUUCUGUUACAUCCCCUUGAUAUUUGCUUAAGUGUUUUGACUUGUUCAUUCAGGGGUGUGAAAAAUUAUUUAAAAUAUUGUUUCUUUAUGCUGUGAUGUAUUACUGCGUCGCCAUAUUGAUCAGCAAGCCGUUUAGUGACAUGUAAGGAUAGCAAUCACUGUCUGACUAUAAAGGCAUUUAGUAUAGCUACCUUGCGAUUUAAAGACAAGACUAAAUAGCAGUCAUCUUGAAGUAACAGUCCACAUUAGACGUAAUGGUGGCAAGAGUAUCCUUCUGCUUGCUGCCUUAGUGUAACUUGUUACAUUUUCAAAUGGUUUGACAGCUUACAUUGGUUCCCAGGGCACACUGCGCUAUGUGAAAGUCUGUUUCAGAAGCCAGAUGCCGCUGGGGGGAGCUGUAGAUCUGGUGCUGGAGGCAGUGUUUGGGCUUAAACUGUUGGAGAAAGCACCCGCUGAGCUUCUGGCACCCUAACAAUUUGUUGCCUGUAGUGUUCUUCUAACACUGCAUAUCUGUGUACAGAUAACUGGUUUUAGACAAUCACUGUCUCACAGCUUUUAGAGAUUUUGAAGUUUUGUUAAAUAAUGAUGAAUUAUACUUUAGGAUUUCAAAUCAACUUCAAGCUAUUGCCUUAAAUAAAAUACAUUUCUUCUGAUAACAUACUUCUCGUUUAUAAAUACUAUAAGUUGGGGACUGUAUUCUUAGCAGUAUAGUACCCUCUGCCCCCCUUCUCAACACAGUCCAUAAAGGGUUAAAACGCCUGAUUCCAGUGUCAAAGUCCUUCGGCACGUAGUUGGCAUCUGCCUGUCCAACGCAGUUGGGACCUAAUGUGCGUCUGUGGCGACCACAUUUGGACUUCUCUCUAGGAAAGCAUUGAAUCCUUGCUUUCCUAUGGGGUUUUAGCAAUCGUUGGAUGUCAUCAUGCUGAGUGUGAGGACGUCCAGCAUCAUUAAGCAGAACUGAAGUCCACUAAGGAUCCAGAAGCGUCUCUAGUGUCUGGUAGACAGCCACUAGAAGUGGAGUUAACACUGCACGGUUGUUAUUGUAAUUACUCAAUAAUUGUAAUUGAAGGGUUAAGGGGACUGGGAUUCUGCACCCAGACUUCUUCAAUGAGAUGAAGUCUGGAUGCGUAUAGUGUCCCUUUAAUUAAAGUGGUUUAGUUAAAGGUUUUGGUUCUUAAUGCAAGUAAAGAAUAUGAUCUUUUUCUUAUAAAUAAAUUAAAAAUAUAAGGUGACAGUCCACAUAUAGAAACAAAUCCAAACCUUUUUAUCCAUUGAUGAAUAUACAUCCAGUGGAAAAAACGGUUUGCGUUUGGCUGCUGUCCAGCUCAAAAGGCAAGCAGCCAUCAAGCAUUUAGGGCUUUGUUUUGUUGUGUGAUCCUCAAGUGUAAACCAAAGCCAUAUAUAAUUGUGUUUUAUUAUAUUUAACUUUAUUUUCCUGAUUGCUGUCUCUUUCUGAUAUAGGACAAAACAUUUGGCCUUAAGAACAAAAAGGGGGCGAAGCAGCAAAAGUUCAUCAAAAAUGUUACUCAUCAAGUUAAAUUUGGACAACAGAAUCCUCGACUGGUAAGACUGUACCAUGCACAAUAGUCACAUGCCUUUCAUUUAUUUUGGCAAUGGGUAACACUGAUAGUAUCACAUUCAUUUGACCAACAACCUGUAAAUGUUUUCUCUAAAAACUGUCACAAUUAUGGUUAAUUGCAGAGUUAAUGGUGCCCAGGGCACCUUGGACCUAAGCGCAGCUCCAAGAGUGGUUUUGCAAUUCAGAGAUUUGUAAAAUGUGCUGCAACUUUAACACAGUACAUCAGUUGUCAAUCCUGCAGCUCAAAUAAUGAGUUUUGAAUACCCAGUCUCUGUUUUGUACAAGGUUUUUGUUUUUUUUGUCUGCAAAUUAUAUUUGCAUGCUGCAUACACAAUUUGUCCUGGGCUAAGCAGUCACAGGGUUUUAUGGGACAAGUUAGGUAAGGGAGGGUAUGAAAUGUCCUUCGUAAUGUUUCAAUGGGUGGUUAUUAAAAAUGAGCUUUAUAAGACAAAUUCCCACUCUGCUUUACCGUAUCAACUGGGGGAAUAAACUACACUCUUAUUUAUUCCCCGCCAUUCAUAUUUUCUAUGCCUUAACUUCCCUUACGUGGGUUUUUUGUUGCAAGUGGGAUAUCUGAUUCUCAUCCUUUUCUAGCCAGUUUCUAGUAUACUACUUGCUUUAGGGUGUGCGAGAACUAAUUUUAUAUAGAUUUGCUAUUUGCGGUUUUCUGUUGCUGACAUUCCAAAAGAAGACUGGCUUAUCUACAAAUAAUUUUUCCAUUUGCCUUAAAGCGUCCUUCCUCACUCUUUUUUUUUUUUUUUAUUUAUUUUAUUUAUAUAUAUAUAUUUAUAUUAUUGGUAUUUAUAUUAAUAAUUGUUAUAAUCAAGCCUUUAAUAGCAUUGAAAAGUAAUACAAAUAAUUAACAUAAAAGUAAUGAGUAAAAUAUUACUUGCAAAUAGAAAUCCAUACAGUACACCAUCUAGCAAUAUGAAAAGCAUAGUACAUGGAAGGAGAGUGCAAAUCCAAAAAAAAUUUAAAUGUCAAAAUAUUCUAGUGCAUGUUAAAUUCGGGCUUGGCAAAUUUUGCUUGGAAUCUAGGAGUGAGCAAAAAAAAGUUAGGAGCCAGCUUUUUCAAUGUCAAAAAUACAAUUCUUAAAUGGACACUAUAGUCACCAGAACCACUUGUUCUUUGUCUAUAUCCUGUCCCUGCACACUUUUCAAUGUAAUCCCUGCAUUUUUAGGAAAAAAGGCAGUAUUUACAUUGUCUAGUGACAGUCACUCAGACUGCAUCUAUAGGUGCAUCCUGAGUCAGUGCUGCCCGUCCGCCCACCUCCACUCAGAGGCAGCAGAAUAAAUGCCUUAUAAUUUGGCGCUGAAAUGACAUUCUAUCCCACCCUUAACUGGUAGGUACCCCCAUUACCAUAGUAAUCUCCCUGCUGGGGUGCUGGGUACCAGGGAUCCACCAUUACCUAGAGUGCCACGCCACCGUAUUUAUUGUAAUGAUUGCAUAGCAUUUCAUUCAGUUAGUUUCCCUGUUUUGUAGAAAAGUGUAUUAUACAAUGGAAUGACCUAAUCUAACUUCUAUGAAGUAAUCAUUCCUGCGCUCUAAAGAACAAUUUUAUAUUUUCCGGCUGCAUCAUUGAAGCACUUUCUUAUUUUUCAGGCUACACAAGUUGAUGGUGAAAAGAAAACUACAAAAGAUGCCAAAAAGAAGGAACUUUUAGAACUGAAUGAUCUUUUUAAACCGGUAGUAGCUGCACAAAAGGUCAGCAAAGGUAGUUAAUCUGCUUUUUUUUUUUUAUUAUUAUUUUUUUUUUUAUUAUUUUUCGUAUCAUUCUUAAUUUCUAAAAUAACACAAAAGAAAUUGUAUACUUUCUCCUCAUCAGUAAUUGACUUGAUAACCAGGAAUUUCACUUGUAUAAAUAAUUGGAUGGGAUAAGCAUGCAUUGUGUGCUCACGCUAUGUUCUAGCAAGAUUUGGUCAGGCUUAAUCAUUGAAGUAACUCAAAGAAACAAAGGUAUUUUCUCCCUGGGUGGGGUCACGUAAGAGGAUGAAGUAUUGCGCUACGUUAUGUGCAUAUCUGGGAAAAAUUCAGUCCACAAAAUGGAGGUCGGUUGUAUCCUAUGAAUGGCUAUGGCAAGUGGUCUUAAAAUUUUAAGAAACAUUUAUAAUACAUGCAUUUGAAAUAUAGAUGUGAUGUAUUUAUUUUUUUGCUUCUUAACCUAAUUGGGUGUUUUAUGUUAUGAACCGUAAUUAAUAUUGAUCUUGAUGUAGCUACAACUAGCAGAUUUAAAAAAAAAAUUUAAAAAAAAAAAAAAUGACCUUUCGCAUGAUUUUAGAAAAAUAUUUAUUUUCUAGAAUAAUCACAUGGGAUACGAGAUCGUUUUCCGAGUGAUUGAAUUAGGAAAUAGAUGAAGUCCUCUGUACUGCAAAGGACUAGUGAGUUACAAUUGCAUCAUAUGCUGCACUGUCAGUUAAUCUGACCAUACUGAUAACCAAUUGCCAAUAUCUGCACUGAAUAAUCUUUCUUGAUGGGGAAUUUUUUUUUCAUCAAGAGUUCUGCUUAACUCAUAUUACAUUGUGUCAGUGCAGGCAAUAGUCUCUCUGAAUAUUAAAGGAUGUUAGAAAAGUGAAAACCGCCUACACUGUAUACAUUUAAGGCCCUUAUUAAAAUAUUUACCUGCGGAAUAGCCAUUUUAAUUCUGUUCGAGCUAAAUUCCGCAAAAUUAUCUCACUGUAAGUAAUAUUUUAAGAAACUGCAAUAAUUACUCUUAAGCGCUAACUCCACCUCUAGUGGCUGUCUGCCAGACAACUACUAGAGGAACUUCCAAGUAGUUAGGCGACUUCGUGCAUGAAGACAGCCAGCGUCCUCUAAAACUCCAUAGGAAGACAUUAUACAUGCCAUUGCGACGCAUGCUUUUUAGGUAUCCAUUGCUAUAGGUUCCCUUUAAGCGCUUCUAAACCAUUUACUGAGAAGCAUAUAUAGUGCAGUAGACACAGCAGACCGCACUUCCAGUCAACUCAGUCAUAAGUCUUGCUUAGAAUUUAUUAAUAAAAUGCCAUAAAGACAUGACAACACUUCAGUUGUUUGCUGUACUUAAUCCUUUUAUUAUUUUUUUUUUCCAAUUUGACAAUUUGUAUUUUUCCAUAUAAGAAGGGGGGGGAGGGAUAAAGAAAAUAAUGGGGGAGGGGGUGGGAGGGGUAGGGUGGAAUAAUGAGGGUUCCACUCAAGACAUUGUAGUUUUACAGCAUUUUUCGCAGUAAACAUUAUACAGGUCAUUAGUAUUUAUAAUCAUGACAUCACACUUGUCCAGCAAUGCUAUAUAACCAGCGAGUUGUUUUGGCGCUGUAUCAUGUAUCUCCGGAUGGUGGUAUGGCCGAGGUUACCUAGUAUACCAUUAGUGUUUCGAAGGUGGGGAAGGGGAUCACAGAGGACAAAUGUGGGGUAUGGUGGAGUGAGAUUAGUUGGUACAGUACACAUUUCCAACAGUCAUUAUAUCCAUCUUUACAUGAUACAUCAAUAGUUCAGACAAUUCAAACAGUGUCGGUGAGGCGCUAUCUAUGCACCUCAGCCCGGAGGUGUCCUCAUGUUUACCAGCCUGUCCUGCGCAUGUUGUUAUACCUUUGGUCCGUGUGGCACCAUGUCUAUGAGUUGGACGAGAAGGAGGUGGGGGGGGGAGAGGGGGUCCAGGUGCUUGCCCGGAGGGGUGUGGGGGGAGUUAACUUAUAUAUAUACACUAGUGGGUUUUUAGUCUCGUCUGUAUGUGAUGCAUCUACCUGGUUCUUUUGGGAGGGGUUUGCUGUAUCUGUUUGGUCUCUCAGCACCGGCCUCUUCCCACUUUCCCCCAGGGUAUACCCUCUCAGAUUGCGUUGGUGAGGCUAAAGGGUCCUACUCAUCCCCAGUUGUCUGGGUCUCCACCUUGUUCCAGUAUUGUUCCCAGAUUUUUCCUGCCUCCAUAGUUGCCACUCCCGUCCCCAGUUGUUGGGCCGCCAUGCGUUCGUAUUCCCAAUUCUUUUGGAUCUGGGUAACUAGCUCGGUUUUUGUGGGAAUGUUCCGUGAUUUCCAGUUUUUUGCUAUUAGGUUACAUGCUGCUAUUAGCGUGUGGAAUAGGAGUUUGGAGUGGACCUUGGUCAGGCCUUCUGGCCAGAUGUAUAAGAGGCAUGUAGCCGGGUUCAGGGUCAGCUUCGUAGGAAGCAGUUGAUCCACAAUGGUGCUCACCAUGGCCCAGUAGGGUUGUAUGUCUUUGCACUUCCACCAGAGAUGUACUAGUGAGCCUGUGUCUAGCUGACAUCGCCAGCAUUGGGCAGAUGUACUCUGGAACAUGUGUGCUAGCCGUGUGGGGACCAAAUACCACCUGUAUUGCAGUUUUCUCACUUGUUCAAAGUGUGUAAUGCAAGCUGUGUUGCCUUUGUGGAUUGUAAAGGCUCUGGACCAUUGGGCCUCCGUGAAGGUGCUGCCCAGGUCUUUGUGCCAUGCCUGUAUAAAGUUGUCCGUGGAUGUGUGAGUGCCCUCAAGCAAUGUGUUAUAAAUUUUUGAGAUGGCUUGUCUGUGUGGCUUGCCCGUGAGGCACCAUGUGUCAAAGUUUGAGAUCAUGGGUGUCACAGGUGGAGUCGUGGGUUGCCGUAGGGUGGACUUGAGUUGCAAGUAUGAGAAAAUUGCUUUACUCGGUAGAUUGUACUGUGUUUGUACGUCCGGGAAUUGUUUUAGGGACGUACCCUUGUAUAAGUCGUGUAUGUGUGUACACCCUGCAUUCGUCCAGGUCCGGUAAUCAAAUGUUUUGUUCCUCAGGUAUAUACUAUACAUUGUCGAUGCUAGCGAUGUAGCUCCUGAGCCACUAAGGUGCGUUCUGUAUGUGUCCCAUGGAUGAAGCAUCAAUUUAGUGGUCUCAAGCAUGGUCGGUGUUGUUGGCCUUAGGUGUUUUGGCACCCAGAACAAGUGGUGCAUCCCUGCUCUGCACGCCCAGUGGGAUUCAAUGGCUACCCAUUGCGGUGGGUUUGCUGCCCUGUGUGUCGUGGCUAGCGCGGCCAAAAUGGCCGCCUUAUAGUACAGUUUGACGUCUGGGAAGCUCAUGCCCCCCCUCCCCGUUGGUCUUUUAAUUGUAGAGUAAGCCACCCUGGGUGUUCGCCCACACGAAUCUCGUGAUGUUUUUUUGUAGUUUGACCAUAUAUUGCCUGGGUAUAGGGAUCUGCAGCGUGCGGAAUAGGUAUUGUAAUUUUGGCAACAGUGACAUUUUAAAUGCCGCUAUGCGCCCAUGCCACGAGUGGAAGUCACUGUUCCAUUGGUCUAACGUCUGAGAGAUUUCCUGCAGAAGUUUCUCAUAAUUAUAUUUAAACAUUUGGCCGCUCGUGUUGGCUAGUUUAAUCCCCAGAAAUGUGAUAUAGUCUUCCCUCCAGUCAAAGGUGAAGGAAUUCGUCAGUGUUUGUAGGGUGUGUCCUGGCAGAUGGAUUCCCAUUGCCUGUGUUUUUGUGAGAUUAAGUUUGUAGUAGGAUACUUUGUUAUAGUCUCGUAUGCACUGUAGUAGGUUCGGUAGGGAUAUUAUUGGUUGCGUCAAGGUCAGGAGUAUGUCGUCUGCGAAUAGGUUAAGGGUGUACUCCCUGUCCCCCACUUGAACCCCGUGUAUAUCAGGGUGGGCUCUGAUCACUGCAGCUAGCGGCUCUAGUGCCAGUACAUAUAGCAGGGGCGACAAGGGGCACCCCUGUCUUGUUCCGUUGGUGAUGGUUAUCUUUUUUGACACGAAACCUGAAUUAAGUACUUGGGCUCUUGGUGCCGAAUACAAUGCCCUGACCACCGAAAUAAACCCCUCUGGCAUCCCGUACCUCCUCAGGGCCGCCUGCAGAAAUCCCCAUCCCAGUCGGUCAAAGGCUUUUUCUGCGUCCAGUGAGAGCAGAACCCCCCCCUUCCCGUUUCGCCCCUAGGCUUUGCAUGAGUUCUAGGACUUUUCUGGUGUUGUCUGCCCCUUGACACCCCGUCACGAAUCCCACUUGGUCAUCGUGUUAAUCCUUUUAUUAUUAAAUGCUCUUUAUUGAUUUGCACUUUUGGUGAAUAAAAGUUAUUGCUCAUGUAUCUUAUAUGCAACAGCUUUUCUGUACUAAAUACUUUUGCUUGAUUUCCUUAGGUGCUGAUCCAAAAUCUGUGGUGUGUGCAUUUUACAAGCAAGGUCAAUGCACCAAAGGCGAUAAGUGCAAAUUUUCUCAUGAUCUGUCUUUAGAAAGGAAAUGUGAAAAAAGAAGUGUUUACGUUGAUGGACGUGAUGACGAACUUGAAAAGGGUAAGAUUUUGUCUGAUCAACUUAAACUUAGUGAAUGACAGACAAGCAACUGAAUUAUCCAUCCACUUUUUCAGAUACAAUGGAAAACUGGGAUGAGAAAAAAUUGGAAGAAGUGGUGAACCAAAAACACGGUGAAUCUGAAAAGAAGAAACCCAAAACUGAAAUUGUAAGCCAUUUUAAAUUUUUUUUUUUUUGUACGAUAUUUAUAGAAAGAUUAUUUUGCAUCUCUAAGCCUGAAAUUAAUUAAUAUUUAUUCAGUCAUCAUAAAAUGGUCAAAGGAGUUUGGUAUAUUUUUUAUUUAUUAUAUCUAAAAGUAUAAUACAAUAAAAACUAAUGAAAAAUAAAUUUACUGGUACGUAUACUGUAGGUCAGUCGUUCCCAAACUUUUUAGGUCCAAGCCGCCCAUAAUAUUUGAAUAAUGAUUCAAGGCACCCCAAGUCAAAAUUUCUAGGUAGUAUAUCUGCACAGCACUGCUGCAUUUACUUGAUUUGCUUGAUUGAUUUGCAUGCCAGUGAGUGAAAUACAUAUUUGAUCCGCUAUCAGCAAGAUUUCUGUCUCCCAGGUGUCUUUUAUACAGGUAACAACCUGAGACUAGGAACACUCUCUCUUAAAGGAGUGCUCCUAAUCUCAGCUUGUUACCUGUACAAAAUACACCUGUCCACAGAAUCCAUCAGAUUCCAAACUCUCCACCAUGGCCAAGACCAAAGAGCUGUCCAAGGUUGUCAGGGUCAAGAUUGUAGACCUGCACAAGGCUGUAAUGGGCUACAAGACCAUCGCCAUGCAGCUUGGUGAGAAAGUGACAACAGUUGGCACAUUUGCUGUGUGCUGCGUUGGAGCAGUUAUGGAGGUAUUGUGUAAAAAGCAGGUUUCCAAUCUUUCCUGAAUCCAGGUUCCUUGGCUGUGUAUGAAGUGUAAUAAUUCUGUAGAUCUGUGCUACAAAUAUUGGUAUGUGACCGCAUAAUCUAAUGGCCAGCAGCCUGUACGUAUUGUAGAAGGCUAGUAUAUUCAAGCUGAGAGAAGGGUGAAGGGUGCAUCAUGUUGAUUGCAAUAUAAAAGUGUAAUAAAAUUUACUCUUUUUAUGUUAAAGGUCUGCAGGUUUUUUCUUGACGCAAUAGAAAACAACAAAUACGGGUGGUUCUGGGUGUGUCCUGGUGGAGGAGAUACCUGUAUUUAUCGCCAUGCUCUUCCCCCUGGGUUUGUGCUAAGGAAGGAUAAAAAGAAGGAAGAAAAAGAAGAAGAAAUUUCAUUAGAGGAUUUAAUAGAAAAAGAGGUAUUUUAAUUUGUCAAUGUUGUUUCAGCCUAUUUAAAGGGAUUCUUAAUUUUACAAUGUGUUAAAUAAUGAUAAACUUUUUAAUUUUAAUGAGAUACUCGAAUUGCUAUAUACAGCUAUGUCCCUUGCACAGAUUAUAGUGCGGCUAGGUCUGUAAAACUAAAAUGAUGACAGUGAAAAAGUGAUUCUACAAUAACCACAGAACAUUAAAGAUAUUGUAUAGUGUCGCACAUGCCCAAUGUGUACAUACUGUUCCAGUCCUAAAUAAUUUGUACUGGUAUUCCCAUAACACCAUUUUCAUAUGAAAGUGUUUGUAGGGGGACCUUGCUUACAAAAAAAGACACAAGCUGCUAUUCUUAUUGACUGUCAGCAGCCAGUGAGACCUGCAUGAUCCUUGGUGACUUAUGCUUGAUCUUUUAAGACAUUAUAUAGUUAUAUCUAUCCUUUUUACAGUUUUUGUCACAUUGGUUUAUCGUUUAAAAACAAAAAGAAAAAGUUGACACAUUUAAGCGCCAGGACAAUCUCCUUGAAGCAAUUGAUUCUCCUAUGGUGUCAUCAGUCUCGUUGCCUUUUGUCCAAUCAGAUGCAAUUGCUGUAAUUCAUCAAUCCAAUACUUCUCAGAGAAGUGCCCAAUGUAGCACUUCUUCAUAAGACGCAAUAGCCAUGUUCAACAUUGUCACAUUCUGUACCUAAUGACCACCAAUGUUUCUUACUAUUCCCAUGAUUCUCUGGCCAUCUAUGCAUUUAAAGAAUUUUGAAAGUUGUAGGUCAUCAAAAUCUGGGGCACCAAGGUUUCAGAUCCCUUGCUUAAAAGAACACUCCAGGCACCAUAACUUGUUGUUCUCACUGUGGUGCUUGGGUGCCUUGGCACUCUCCAAGAGUAAGUGGUUAAGGAGCUGUUUGGCUCCUUGCCUCACUCCCCUGGACACCUCCAUCAUAUUUGGCAACUCUUGCAAGACGCUUGAUGGUUUUCCCCUGAUCUAGGCACUGGCUGAGAAAACUAAGCUGGCACAAUGCUUAUGAGAGCGUCCUUCCAAGGCCUGCCUUAGAGAUGGAGCUAACUGGAUUCUGCUUGCCGGUGAAUGGGUGGCAGGGCUUAAACAAUUUGACUAUGCAUUCCAAAACAUGAAAAAUAGAAACUGGCAUUUAAAAAAAAAAAAAAAAAAAGUUUCAAGCGUUAUACAAAGUGGCAAUUCGAAGCCUAAAAUUGGUUACAAAUUAAGUAUUACGUGGUUGUUUUUUUUUUUUUUUAUCAUCUUCGUAAAUUGUAAUAAGUCUGCCUUAGUUGCACAAUAUUAUAAAAGUAAUGUUGCAUUUCGUGUAAUCUUUGUUUUUCUUUAUGCAUUAUACCCUCCUGUUUAACUCAAUGUAAUCUAUUUUUUUUUUUUCUUACUGGUUAGCGUGCAGCCCUUGGACCAAAUGUCACUAGAAUCACUUUAGAAUCUUUUCUUGCAUGGAAAAAAAGAAAACGACAAGAACGAAUCACAAAAGCAGAGGAAGAAAUGGAGAGGAAAAAGGCAGAUUUUAAAGCUGGAAAAUCUUCGGGGGUAUAUUUGUUUUUUAAUAAAUGUACUACAUAUCUGCACAUAAAUAAUUUAAUUAGUAAUCUAACUAGGUAUGCUAACCCUAAUAGAUCAGUGGCCGUGAAGUAUUCGAGUUUCGACCUGAGCUUGUCGACGAUGAUGAUGAGGAAGCAGACGACACAAAGUACACACUAGAAAGAGAUGAUGAUGAUUAUGAUGUAAGUAUAUAUUUUUUUUCCAAUUGCUGUACAUUUAAAUGUCCUGUUAAUCAUGUGGUCGUGUGGCUUUUCACAUGUGCGAUGUACCAUGGUGACCUUUAACCUGAAUAAGAUCCUCAAAGAAGAGCUGUUAGCUCUCUUGAAUUCAAUCCCACUGAAUAAAACAUUCCAAAUAACUUCUGUUAGCCUUUUUAAUGAGAUGCUGUGGUUUUCUCCUGUCUUUAUUUAAAUGCUCUCAGUCCUGACCAAACAAGGCAAAGCAAGGCCAAACAUCGCAAUGAGGAGAAAUACGAUUGUUAAAUUACUCCUCCUCUGUAGGCUUUCUGUGUGUGUGUGUGUGUGUGUGUGUGUGUGUGUCCGGGAGUGAACAUAAUGUUAAAAAACGUGUGCCAUGACAUUUCCCCCUUUAUAUAUAAUUUCAUCAGAUGUUACAUUCUCUCUUUACUUUGUGCAAGCUAAACUUGCUAAUGCCAUACAUUUGUUGCAUAAGUGUCCAUAUACUUAGUAUUGUGAAAUAUUGGUAUUGUCCAUAUACUUGUUAUUGCUAUGGAUCGACUGAUAUAAUUUUUUUUCAAAACCAAUAGAGAUUAUUGGUUGGUUUUUGGGCCAAUUGCCAAUAUUUUGUACAUCUAAAGUUUUGAAAAAGCAACCCAAUUUCUACAGAAAUCUGACCUUAAGUGAACAUGCUGACAGCAAUAGCACUCCUAUCAAUUUCAGGCAGCCAGCCCAGUACAUUAUAGUAUAUUAUUCAUUGUCUCACCUCCCAGCCUUCAGCUGAGCUCUGCAUGUGGGGACUCAAAGGGUGGGGUGACAUGAGGUUGCAAUGUGGCGCCUCAUUGGCUGGGUUCCUGUAUGCAGACGACAUGCAGUGAGUAAGUUAUUGAUAAAUUACAAGACUUCUGCCGAAUAUCGGAAAAAUGCAGAAUAUUGUCUCUAAUAAUCAGCGGAACCGAUAAUUGGUCUGCCCCUACAAUCCAUGCUAAACUUUUGGCUGUGGGGAAAAAUAAAUAUAAAUAUAUAUAUUUUUUUUAUUUAUUUUUCAUUCAUUGUCGUGCAUUUACCCACAAAUAACGCACCCCUUUUCCCACAAUGUGGCAUUAUGAGAUUUCACUUGUGCUGCAUACUCACAUGUUCUUCUGUUAUGUCUAGAUCCCCUUUGAUACAUUAUUGCUUCAUGUUCAUGCUGCAAUAGAACACACAGGUCACAUUGACCUGCCUCUGUGAUUUUAUUUAUUUUUGUGUUUUUCUUAAUCUGCAUUUUUUACAUGGCUUGUGUAAAGAAAGAGCGAAAUUAAAGAAAGGGAAAAAAAUGAACUCCUCGUUAGCUAAGCCCCAGGGUGGGGGACAGGGGUGUUGACUUUUACUGUUUUUCCAAAUGUGUGAAUAUAUGAUAUUUACUUUAUUUUCUGUUUUUAAGUCUGAUUCUACAGAUGAUGUUCAAGACAUUGAUCUGAACCAGUUUGUCCUUAAAGAUGUUGAUGAAACUGGUAUUACAGUUGCAAGUCUGGAACGCUUCAGCGGUUUAAUUACAUCAACAGAAAAAGAUGGUAAGUUUUAUUUAUUUUUUUGUUUUUUAAUAGGGGCACACCUCUUUAAAGCUGCGUUUUUAGCAUAAUUCUUUUCUAAUCAUGUCAAAUUGCAACUAAUAUAUUUUAAUAGGCUUUAAAUGUACAUGCAUCCCUUUGAGACAUUUUAUGUUCCCAGUGAAACACAAUGACUUUCAAUUUGUAAGAGUAUUGUACUAUGUGAUUUUCUUUCAGAAAGGAAAAACCUGAAAAUAACAUAUUUGUUCAUGGUGUUAAAAAAAUUCUGGAGGUUCAUAUGAACUGCAGCCUUUGCAAGACCAUCCCUUUUUUUCUGGAAGAGAGUUUGUCUAUUCACAGGCAAAUAGCCCAUUAGAGACUUGUCAUUGAUAAGCCUCUGAAGCUCUCCCGCCAUGCAGACGCUUAACCCCCUCCAGACCAAAAACAGAAAUUUUCCGUCAACCUUGUUCUUGAGUUAAGGACCGUUGACGGAAAAUUUCCAUCACUUACUAAAGUUAACCCCAGAUCGUGGGGUUAAUGCUCACCCGGUCUCUCAGUAUCCAAGGUAGACGGGGAGCACCCGAUCGCGCUGCCCCUGCAGCAGUGAUCGCUCUGUCAGAGCGAGCACAUGUGCAGCAGGGACUCACGAUCCGCCUCCCUGCUCUUUUGCGUCCAGUGUGAAGUGCAGGGAGAUGGAUCACUGUUGAUGACCUCCCUGUUAAUAAAUAAAUAAAUAUAUAUAUAUAUUUUUAUUUAUUUAUUUAUUUUACACCCACACACCCCGUAUAUACUCGAGUAUAAGUUGAGUUUUUCGGCACAUUAUUUUGUGCUGAAAAACCCAACUCGACUUAUACUCGAGUCAGUGUCUGUAUUAUGGCAACUUACAUUGCCAUAAUACAGACCAGAUGCCCGGCGGUCCUGUUGGGGGCUGGCAGCGAGCUGUUACUUACCUUUCCUGCAGAUCUUGUCAGCUCCCUUCUCCUCCACUGUAAGUCUCGCGAGAGCUGCCGGGUCACAGCGUUGCCACGGGUUACCGUGGUGGCACUCAGACCGCGAGGCUUACACUGGUGCUGACCGGCACGGAGGAGAAGGGAGCUGCAGGAAAGGUAAGUAACAACUCGCUGCCAGCCCCCCUCCUACAAAGCCCAUGCCACUAGACCACCAGGGAGUGGGAGCCCCCCUCCCUGGCCAGCUAACAAGCAGGGAGGAGGGACGAAAAUAAAUAAAAAUGUAAAUGAUAUAAUAAAUAAAAAAAUUAUAAAAAUUUUUUUUAUAUUAUAAUAAUUUAAAAAAAAUAAUAAAAAUGCCCACCAAGGUUACACACUCUGCAUUCAUACACACACACACACACACACACACACACACACACACACACACACACUGCAUUCACAUACUCUGCAUUAUAUACACAAAAUAAAUAUUCAAUUAAUGUAAUUUUGGGGGGGAUCUAAUUUUAUUUAGAAAUUUACCAGUAGCUGCUGCAUUUCCCACCUUAGUCUUAUACUCAAGUCAAUAAGUUUUACCAGUUUUUUGGGGGGUAAAAUUAGGGGUCUCGACUUAUAUUCAGGUCGACUUAUACUCUAGUACAUGUGUAUAUAUAAUUUUUUUUUUAAUAUCCCAAACCCUUUUCCUCAACUUUAAUAAAAUUAACCCCCUCCCUGCCAAUUGAUCACUGAAUACAGUGAUCAAGUGGCAGGGAUUACAUUUUACUGUCUGUUUUUUUUUUUUUCAUUUAACCCCUAAAGGGUUAAAAAAAAAAAAAUUAGCCUCAGGGGUUAAAUUUAUUUUAUUUAAAUAUUUUAAAAUUAUAUAUUUAGCUGGGAUGGGUUGAAGUUUGUGGGGAAUUGGGGGAUUUGGUGUUAGGCUAACUAGGGGUUAACGCAAAAAAAUUUUUUGUUUUGUUUAUUUAAAUAAGCUUUAAAAUGUAAAAAAAAAACACCCCCCCUUUACCCAGUCCAAAUUAAAAUUAACCCCUUCCCUGCCAGUUGAUCACUGCCUACAGUGAUCAAAAUACAGAUAACAGUAUUAUGCUGUGAUCUAUUUUUUUUUUUUUUUUUACCCUCAAUUUAAUUAAUUUAAAUAUUUUAUAAUAAGAUAUUUUGCUGGGUUGGAGAGAGUUAUGGGAAAGUGGGGAAUUUACUGUUAGUGCUGCUUACUGCUAGUUAGGGGUUAAUGGUUAAAAAAAAAAAAGUUUAUAACAUUUUUUAAAAGUGUAAAAAAAGUUAGUUUAAAACAUUUAAUAAGUUUUAAAAAAAAGUUUAAAAACGAGUUUUAGAAAGUAAAAAAAUACAUUAAAAAAAAAAAAAUGCUCAUUACCACUACACUUGGAACAUACUAGUGAAAAAAUGAUCCCACGCUAAGGUUCACAAUAUGCCUUUUGAAUUACCCCGUGGUGUAUUCUUUAAUAAAUAGUAUGUGUUUGUGGGGAGGUUUGAAUAACCAGCCAGCUAAUCUACUCCAAAUUGGAACUUGGACACAGCAUAAAACUUCAAAGUAAAAAAAAAAAAAAAAAAUAGCUGCGUCUCAAAUGCACCCCUUCAACAUCCACAUAUACGUGCCAAAGGUACAAACGGGGGUAUUGAUGCACUCAGCCGACAUAGCUGAGCAACAUAUUUUAAUAUUAUACAGUCGUAGCACACAUAAGGUUUGCAAAAUAUACUGUGCAAACUUACUUUGUGUGUCAAAAAGGCAGAAAAAAUGCUUAUUACCACUACACAUGGUACAAGCUAGCGGAAAAAUGAUCCCAUGCUAAGGUUCAAAAUAUACCUUUUGAAAUACUCUGGGAUGUCUUCUUUAAGAAAUGGUAUGUCUUUAUGGUGUAGUUGUAAUAUGUAGCCUGCUCAAGUGCUCCAAAGUGGGACAUGGACGCAUCAAAAUUCACACUUAAAAACCUGAACUUGUCGUGUCUCUUUUUUUACAGCUCUGUAACUUCACAAAAUAGUGUCUAGGUCAUACAUUGGGCAUAUUGUUUUACUCAGAUGUAACUGAGCAUAAUUUGGGGACUUUUUAUGACAGUGGUACAUAUUAAGUGUAAGAAAUACUCAGCAAAAAUGCUAUUUAUUUUUUUUCCCACUCACCACAAAUAUUGACAUAAAUUGGUGAAAAAAUGGUGACAAGUUAAGGCACAAUAUACCCUGGGGAGUCUGUUCAAACAACCCCACAAAGGGCUUUCAUUUGAUAAAGCAGUCACACUGCUAUAAUACCCUAAAAUGAGUCCUAGGCCCGUCAAAUCCAUCUACGAAAAUUCUAACUAUAGAAACUGAAACAGCCUUGACUCUUAUAUAACAUUGUAGCUGUACAGAAAAGUGCCAAAGGCAUGCAAUGGGAGUAUCGUUAUAAUCAAGAUGUAGCUGAACACAAUAUGGGGUUCUGUGCAGGAAUAGCACACUCCAGCUUUACAAGAGAGACAUUAGAAAAAUUUUGUUAUAUGUGUAUAUGCCAAAAUAGAGAGAGAAAACACAAUUUUACUCCAAUAUUUAGCAGAGAUUGGCGAUGAAAUGGCUACAUAAAAAGUGUCAAACUAACCUCAGGUAAAUAGCCUGUGAUGUCUACUUUAUAUAAAUAUAUACUUUUGUGUGGCAAUUUUGUUUUUUGUUAUGGCUACUAAACCUACAAGACAUACCUACCAACUUCUAAAAUUGUUUCACAUUAAAAUUUUAUUUUAGUCCUUGUAUUGUUCUCUACACGGAGACCUUAACUGAAAUAUUUUAACUGCAUUCGUAUAACGUCAUAACCUUUAUCUUAUGAAAGACUUGAUUCUUAGCAAUGGUUCGCUUUGAUGCAAUCCCUCCCCCACCAGAGCAUACAAGGAUAUUUACUAAAGUGAAAAGUAGGGACCAAAGCAGCCCCUACUUUAUCUCUGUAUGUAUUUUGACUGCACGCACAUGAUUAACCCCUUAAGGACACAGCUUCAAAAGUUUGUCUUACCCUUGAGGACACAAGCCAUUUUUGCAUUUUUUGCUGUUUGUGUUAAAAUUUCAGUUAACCUUGGGAAGCAGAAUGCAAUAACUGUCCCUGAUCCCAUGUGAUGUAAAUUUUACUAUAUUUUGUUAUUAAACAUUUGAAAAUCUAUACAACUUUAAUAAAAUGUCUUGUGUGUCUUGUUUCUCCAGAUGUAAAAUUAAAUGAAGCAUCAGGUGGGGAAAUUGAAAAUGGAGAGAGAAGUGACGAUGAAGAGCAAUAUGAUGAAAAUGAUCAGGAAAAUGACUUUGCCGAUGCAGUCCCCGUUGAUGAAAAUCUUUUUACUGGAGAGGAUCUUGAUGAGCUUGAGGAAGAACUGAACAUACUUGAUUUAGAAGAAUAAAACCUUUACUUGGCAUCAACAAUGAUAGACUAUCCAGGCUGUCUAUUCAUUCUAGGAUUUUGUACUGGGAUGUAGCGGAUCUCUCAAGCUGCUUCUAAUGGGCAUGCCGAUAAUUAUUUUUCUUUUUCUUUUUCUUUUUUUCCCUUUUCUGAUUUUGAGAGCUUGCAACAUAAUUGGAUUACCUAGCAAGAGAAAUCAUAUUGUUCUAUCAUACAUUCUACAAUAAUAACCGGUUCAACCAAAGCUAGCACGUCAUUGCUUUGUUUUAAUGUUAAAAUUGCAAUACAAAAUUGUUCAGUUUUUCAGAAUUGACCAUUAACAUCAUUGCAGUUUUUACCCUUUUUUUUUUUUUUUUUGAUUGCAGUUGGAACCCACAAGAGUUAUUUGAUGAAAAACAAUUGGCACAAUUGUCUGUUAAAUUUAUCUGCAGUUUUGUUAAAUGCAGGAUUAUAUCCUAAAACUAUUUUAAAUGUCUCUUGAAUAAUUUUGGCAUCAUAUUGUAAAUAAAAUUCUCCUGUCUUCAUCAUU